AUGGCACUUCACGGUAACGAUCAGACACAUUUUACACGUGGAGACAGUUGCGCACCUGACAAUCCGAUGCUGAAGGAUACAAGCUCCCUAUUUCAUAAUGUCAAUCUCUCUUCCCAUGUGCCUGCCUAUCCUAUGAAUUCCUACAGCCAUAAUGCUCAACUUCUCCUGAAGAAUUUUUCACAUUGUGCCGGCAGAUCGGAUUUUUGUCUGCCUCCGAGCUAUCACGGGCUGGGUCAUGAUAAUCAUGCUGAAGACAGCCACCUGGGAGGCAAUGAACAAACGCUUGAUUUUGGACAUCGUUCAGAUAAUUCUGGUCAUGACGUGUACUCGGAACGUAGCCAGAGCUCCACCGGACAUGUUGUUAGGACGCGGCGCAGAAAGGCGGGCGGGAUGGAGGCGGCUCGGGUUUGUGUUGUGUGUGGUGAACCUGCUUCUGGAUAUAAUUUUGAUCGUCUUACAUGCGAAAGCUGUAAAGCCUUCUUCCGUCGGAAUGCCCUUAAACCGAAGGAAAAGAUCAAGGCUUGUGGUAGAAAUGGCGACUGUAACAUAGAAGGAAGUCAGCGAAAGCACUGCCCCUCCUGUCGACUGGAAAAGUGUCUUGCCGUCGGAAUGAAAAAGGAGUUGAUUCUACGUAAGUGGCCUCCAUUCCAGUGUCUCCUUUUUAUUUUCUCCCCAGUGUGUAUACGCUAA